UCCUCACGCAGUCUCUUUCCCCGGCCACAAAACGACCGUGAGUGUCCAACUCACUGUUCUUGGAAAAACUUAAAAACAAUAUAAAAAUUAUAAAAUCUACAAAAAUCCUAAUAAAAACAAUUACAAUUAUACUAUAAAAAUUACAAACUUAAAAAAAUAGCAAAAUACUAAUUUUUAAAAAAUAUAUAAAAAGGGGGCCUCGGGCUUUACCCGAAGUAGGCGUCUUAAAAGGAAGAAAUACUCAAGAGUUCGAUCUUAGGCGUGAAUCUUUUCAGGUUUGACUUUUUUCUCAAGCUGGAUCAGAGGAAGCUGUCCACAUAAAGCGAGUUAUUUCGGGAGAACUGACGCGCGAUUCGGACCCGGAUUAUAGUUCAAAUCGGAUUUUUUUUUCCCAGUAUUUUCUAUUUUGGAGGUAACUUUAGAAAUAUUUAUUCAUAUAUUCCGUGAAGUCUAAGAUAUGAACACAGCGACUGGGAGUUAUCCGAUGGCUUCUCUCUACGUUGGCGACCUGCACCCCGACAUCACGGAGGCUAUGCUGUAUGAGAAAUUCAGCCCUGCCGGACCGGUUCUCUCCAUUCGGGUAUGCCGAGACAUGAUCACCCGCCGGUCCCUUGGAUAUGCUUAUGUGAACUUCUCUCAGCCUGCUGACGCUGAGAGAGCCCUGGACACCAUGAACUUUGACGUGGUGAAAGGAAAGCCGAUCAGAAUCAUGUGGUCCCAAAGAGACCCCUCCCUCAGGAAGUCGGGUGUGGGCAAUGUGUUUAUCAAGAACCUUGACAAAUCCAUCGACAACAAAGCUCUGUAUGACACCUUCUCCGCCUUUGGUAACAUUCUCUCCUGCAAGGUGGUGUGUGAUGAAAAUGGCUCCAAGGGUUACGCCUUUGUCCACUUUGAGACCCAGGAUGCAGCCGAUCGUGCCAUUGAGAAGAUGAACGGGAUGCUUCUGAAUGAUCGCAAGGUGUUUGUGGGUCGUUUCAAAUCUCGCAAAGAACGGGAAGCUGAACUCGGUGCCAAAGCCAAGGAAUUUACCAAUGUCUACAUCAAAAACUUUGGAGAUGAUAUGGAUGAUGAACGACUGAAGGAGCUCUUUGAUAAAUACGGUAAAACACUCAGUGUGAAGGUGAUGACAGAUUCUACAGGCAAAUCCAGAGGGUUUGGAUUUGUUAGUUAUGAGCAACAUGAAGAUGCUAACAAGGCUGUAGAGGAAAUGAACGGCACCGAGCUCAAUGGCAAGACUGUGUUUGUGGGCAGAGCUCAGAAGAAAAUGGAACGACAGGCGGAGCUGAAGAGGAAGUUUGAGCUGUUGAAACAAGAAAGGAUCAGUCGUUAUCAGGGAGUUAAUCUUUACAUCAAGAACCUGGAUGACACCAUUGAUGACGAGAAAUUGCGUAAGGAGUUCUCUCCAUUCGGGUCCAUUACAAGUGCUAAGGUGAUGCUAGAGGAGGGCCGUUCGAAGGGUUUCGGUUUUGUCUGCUUCUCUUCUCCUGAAGAGGCCACCAAGGCUGUGACUGAGAUGAACGGACGCAUCGUUGGCUCCAAACCCCUCUAUGUGGCUCUUGCUCAGCGCAAAGAGGAGCGCAAAGCCCACCUCACCAACCAGUACAUGCAACGUAUAGCUGGCAUGAGGGCUAUGCCAGCCAACGCCAUCAUCAAUCAGUUCCAGCCCACCAGUGGCUACUUCAUGCCGGCUGUGCCACAGGCCCAGAAUAGGACAACAUAUUAUGCACCCAAUCAGUUGGCCCAAAUUCGGCCCAACCCCAGAUGGCAGCAACAAGGUGGUCGAGGUCAAGGAAGUUUCCAAGGAAUACCUAGUUCACUGCGUCAGCCAGGACCCCGUGGCGGCCUAAGACACAUGAGUCCUAGCGGCAAUACACAGGGCCCACGGGGUGCGUUUACUGAUAAAAAUGACCAUUAUCGUCUCACUGAAUCCCAUUUGAAGAGCUGUUGUUCACAGGUUAAUAAGCUACUACUUCCUUUUUUCUCUUUGCUGCUAGCUACAGGCCAGGCCAUGGGUCCUCGGCCAUCGAUGGGAGUCCCUGGUCCCCGGGCCAUGCCUCCUUACAAGUAUGCCACCGGUGUCCGUAACCCCAAUCCCCAGGUGGUGCAACCUAUUGCCUUACAACAGACUCAACCGGCUGUGCACGUCCAGGGCCAGGAGCCUCUCACAGCCUCCAUGCUGGCUGCUGCACCCCCCCAGGAGCAGAAACAAAUGUUAGGGGAGCGUCUUUUCCCAUUGAUUCAGGCCAUGCAUGCCAACCUGGCAGGAAAAAUCACGGGCAUGCUGCUGGAAAUAGACAAUUCUGAGCUGCUCCACAUGCUGGAGUCUCACGAAUCACUGCGUUCAAAGGUAGAGGAAGCUGUUGCUGUGCUACAGGCCCACCAGGCAAAGAAAGAUGCCACCCAGAAAGUGGGUGGCAUGGCUACGACUGCUGCUGCCACAUCCUGAAGACUGCAUGCUGUGUUUGGUACAACAUAAAGAGAUGGAGAUGGAUAGACACACUGCAGUGACUCCGAACACUAGAGUCUUCUAAACAUUUAUGCAAAAAUUAAGAAAAAAAAGGAAAAUACAUUUUUAAAUAUACUUGAACAUUUUGCAAACUAUUACAGUGCAUAAUUUUCUAGAUCUGUACUACUUUUAAACUAUAUACCAAAAUCAAUAAUGUCAAAGAAUGAAAGCAGGUCCUAUUCUAUGGCAAAGGAAAGAAACCUUUAAGGGAAGUUGAGCCUCAUUCUUUAUCUUUGCUUGAAAGCUUCUUGUUUGAUUUGAAAGAUGGUUCCCCCAUCCAAUAAAGUUAUCAUGGGUGUGUGGUAAUUUCAAUAAAGGGAUGAUAUAUCAA